AUAAACAAACGACGAAAAAUAAAUCGUGGAUCGUCCCGUCCACUUGACUGAAUAAAGGUGUUUUUUUUACAGAAAAGGUUCUUGCAAUUUGUUACAUGUCCAGUUUGACAAUCUAAAAGUAGUUGAUGGAUCAUUGUAAGUCAUAUUGUUUAGUAAAAUCAUUGUUUGUUUAGGAAUUAUGUAUACUGCAAUAGAGUUUUUUAGUUCAUAAAUCCUUUUGUAUUCUAAUAUUGGAAAUCAAUGAAAUAGAAAUCUUGCACUUAAAAAAUGUCCACCCUCGACGAUUUGGAACAAGUUAGAUUACUCGUCCGAGAAGAAGGAAAAUCAGCAAGAAAUAUUUUGGCUUUCAAUGUCCCUUGUGUUGACGAGGGUACCAUGACCGUUGAUGUUGGUACAAAGAUGCCUGUGAGAAAGCCACCAGUAAACCCCAAAUCACUAUUGGUACGAUUAGAACACAAAGUCCCCAAACUAGUCACUGUGCUGAAAAACUCUCGUUCCAGAAUUCGAUCUGCAUCAGCUGGGAGAGAUAGAAAAUCUGAUUUGCAGGCCCGUUACUGGGGACUGCUUUUUGAAAAUCUUAGGAGAGCAGUAGAUGAAAUCUACCUUACUUGUGAAUCUGAUGAAAGUGUGGAAGAAUGUAAAGAAGCUAUUAUGAUUUUAGAAUCAUGCACAAAAGAUUUCCGUAAUUUGAUUGAGUGGUUGAGGUUGAAAUGGAACUAUGAACAGACACCUGCUCCACAGCGGCCAACCUCCCUUGCUUGGGAAGUGAGAAAAUCUUCUCCAGCCAAGCCUUCUUGUGCUUCUAUAAUGGGUCAACUCCAAAAGACUCCUGCUGGACUAGCUAGACGAAUUCUGAACUUUGAAGAAGAAUCUUCUACCUCAUCAUUCUUUGCGUCAACCGCAAUGGAAGCAAAAUCGCUAAUAACAACUGAAUAUCCUAUACAGACGAUUUGUGAAGUGGCCGAAAGCCUUGUACCGAAAUUACCUACAAUCCCAUUAGUUCCCCAAUCUACGCCGACUACUACUCGGAAAACCAUCAGCAAAACAGGCAAUGAGGCCAAAUCAAGCAAGUCGGCUGAACAAGCUAGCACUACUCGAGUCACCGUUACCAAGCCAAAAUCCGCACCAGUCUGGAAAGUUGGAAAGGCUAGUAAAAAUGCAGUCAAUAGUGAAGUUCAGUCUCUAAGUCUGGCAAAUAAAGUUCAAUCACAAUGUGCAACACCAAGAACUCCAUUACAGAGCUUAUCGCACAAGUCUCAGCCAUCUUCAACCGCAAAAGCUCAGUCAACUCAAGCACAAAGUUGGGCACAGCGAGUUCAAAAUGUCCCUCUUUCGCAACAACUAUCUCGAAACAAGCCAAGUAAACCAGAUCCGCUACCCAAAACGACCAUCAAACCUUCAGUUGCACGUCAACAAACACACGCACCACCUGUAGCAACAUCAACCAUAACUGAUAUUGACGAUGGAUGGGAGACUGUGCGAGGUCGAACGCGAUCUAGGACAUCGCCAGCGAAGGCGACCCCUGUAUUGACCCGAGCGUCCACAAUGGUUUACGGUUCCCGGUUGGAAGCAAGACAGUCGGUCAAAAUAACCAAUCGCCAGCAACUGGCUCGCUCUGGACUUCUAAAACCUUCGAUAGCACAAUCGCUACCUUCACUUUGCGAUCGUGACGCACCAGCCUCCAAGAAAGAACCGAUGGAAGAGCCAGCUUCUGCUUCUUCUCCGCCUGUUCACCAGGAACCUCCACAGGCACAAUUGGCUCCUGUUGUUGCUGUUAUUAACCCGGUCGUAUCUCUUGAAUCCAGUUAUGAUGAAUUGGUUAUCACAUCCAGUGAUGAGGAUAAAGAUGAAGCGCAGGAAGCAGCGGAGGUGGCUGAGGAAGAGGCAGAAAUGGCACGCAGGGAGGAAGCCCUAACCAUCGAAGAAGAAAAUCUUCAACGAGAAAUUCGUGAAACAGAACGAUCGGAUAAUGAAGGGGACGAGGCUUGGGAUGAUCCAAUCAAUGUUACACCAGCAUCCACUCCGGAAGGCAUUCCCCGAAUCACUCCAGAUAGAGUGCCAGUUGAACGAGAAGUGUUAGAGGAAAAAUAUCAUCUUUUGCUGGAAAACUGCUCUUGGGCUGAGCAAAUGGAACUACUGGAUCAACUGGAAGAGGUGGCUGCGAUGGAUGGAGCUCGCCAACCAGGUCGGGCUCUCCAAGUUCACGAGAAACUAAGCUCUCCGUCACGUCGGCGCACGGCUGAGCCGUGCGAGACAUUUCAACAGCACGAGGCCAAACAGCUUCGAGCGCAACAGCACAGAGCUGCGUUCCGAGAGGAAAAAAGGCGGAAAAGACGUGAGCUGACAAAGCGUAUGGAAGAAGUUCGCCUAGCCAAGAGUUUGUUGCUUGAAGAGAAAAAAUUGCUAUUGGAACGCAAAAUGAAACGGGCCGAAGAAAAACGUCAAAAACAUCUGGCAGAGAUAGUAAAAAAGGCUCACGAUGAGGAAUCCAAGAAAAGAGAAAUUGCGUUUAUUAAUACGAUCGAGGCGCAAAACAAACAACACGAUUUUAUUGCGCGUAUUCAGACGCAAGAAGAGCGCAUUCAAGGUCUUCAGGAGGAAAGGCAGCGACGACAGGAAGAGCGUAAUAAGGCCAAGGAGGCUCUAGAAGUGAGAAAAAGAGCGUUGGAAGCCGAACGGCAGGCCAAAGUGGCUUUACUCCAAGAAAAGCGUCGGCAGAGAGAAGAGCGUAUAGAUCGCGAACACCAGGAAAAGGAGAAGGAAAGAUUGGAGCUGGCCAGAGAGAAGCAGCGCGAUCGAGAGGAGCGGAUGUCCGCUUUACAGGCGGCACACCAGGCCUCACAGUCUCAACUGCAGCGCAAGAUUCAGCAGAAACAAGAGGAAUCGGCCCGCCGUCACGAAGAAAACAUUGAACAGAUCCGCCAAAAAGCCCUGGAGUUGUCCAUCUUGCGCUUUUCGUCAGCCGGCGGGGCUGACGACGCACCGCGUCUCGUUCAUUAUGAAACUGCGCGUUUGUGUGUUCUCUGUGACGUUCAGAUUCAUAGCGAAGUGAUUCUAAUGAGUCACCUCGGAGGAAGAAAACAUAUGGAAGCGCUUAAAAAUCACUACGGCGGCAAGGAGCCAUCACGCGAGCAGUCGGAAAGCUCCAACUUGAAGUUCAUAGUUGACGUCAAUUAUGCUGCUGACAAAGAAGCCGCUGAUGGAGACGUUGUUGGUAAAGGAGCAAGCAAAAAUGCAUCCGCACCGGAGACCGAAAAAGAGAAGCGAGCCAAAGCGCAGAAAAAGAGAGCCAAGAAAUUGAAAUCGAAAGUAAUGCAACGCAAUGCGUUGGAGACGAACCUCGUGCCGCCUGAAGGCGCCAAUAAACAUCGCAUUUCGCGCAUUCUACAAGAACUGGAACGCGAUCCAGCUGCUCACGAUCGUCAUUGGGGUGAAAUAGUUCGUUUGUUGGAAAAGGGAUCGACGACGGAACAGCUCGUGUUCGGUGUCCAGCGUGGCGUCAGCGUAGUCGGAGACAUGCUGACUUCUUACCAAACGGAACAAGAACAUGGUCGGUCCUCUUCUCCGCUUCGAAUUAUCCUCUCUACCGUUAACUGUCUACGAUUAGCUGCCCGUUCCAACCUGGAGAUGUCAACUCACAUCAUCAAUAGCCAAGCAACUCCAUUACUUUUAAAUAUACUCGCUAGACGUCUAGAGAUUCUGGAAGGAAACGGUAAUGGAAUUCAAGCCUCCGGUCAGCUUUGCGUUUCAGUCCUACCCAUGUCGGACGCUGUCGCAACGGCUAUCAUGAAUACCUGGAUGGCGAUAGUUGAACCCAUUCUGUCGAAUUCGGAAAAAAAUGGCGCCCAGUGCAAUUCAGAUUUGCCAGCUCGCAUUACCAGUUUAGUCAGUUACGCUGUAUCUUUGGGGCUGGUUGAUCGUUUGGCGUUUCACGUUGGCGGAGUCGGCGGCCCACUGCUGGAUGAACAAUCGGCUUCUAACGAUCUACUCUUGGCUUCUCUCAGGUUCCUAACCUCGCUCGUCGAUCUGCUUCAUCUGUGUAAAAAGAGCCAACCAAAGAAAGCCAAAUCGAUUGCUGCAGUGGCGGACGCGACCCAGUUAGUGGAAGCGUUUCAAAUGACCGAAUUGGCUGGAGCCGUCAAUGCUCUUUAUGGCCUGCUACUCCAUCAGGGUGCGCCCUCUUGGUCUGCAGGCAGCCCAGCCGAGUUGCCCGAUAACACGAUCCGUUUUACCAUUGCCGCACUUCAAUUGAUCCACCGUUUGGCGCUUCUUGACCUGCCCACUUUCCAAGCUAUCUUGGGAGCUGAAGGAGUAUCGCUCGAGUUUCGCCACAUUGCAAGUUUUCUCCUUUGGUAUGGCGUCAAUGUCCAAGCGCCCGUUGGUCACCUUCUCAAUCUGACAAUCCUCUGCAUCGGUUUCUUUGCUACCGGCCAUCAUGACAACCAAAUGAUUCUCCAAUCUGGUCACAUGCCUUCUGUUCUUCAGCAACUGUGUCGGCUGCCGUUUGGCUAUUUUUCGGAUAAAUCUCUUCGAGCUAUACUGCUACCCACCCUGCUGGCCUGCUGCCACGACAAUCCGGCCAAUCGAGCCGUCCUUCAGAAGGAGAUGAGCUAUCAAAUGGUGGAGGAUUAUGUCAACAGCGACGAUGGCCGGGCGGUCCACCUCGUUUGCACUGUCCUUAACGCUACGCAGAACACUGGCAAGACGUCGAAUGAUAAUUCGUCCUAGCGAACUUCUCGUCUCCUCACAUUAGGCAUUAUUCAAAGCUUUUUGUUUAGCUUUUGAUUUCCAUUAGAAUUAAUUGAUUUCUUUUCAUCUUUAACCGGUUGAUCCGUUAACUACCGACCUGAGCAAGAUCCUUUAUUUUUUGUUUUUCUUCUCCUUUUUUUUUGCGACGUCAAAAAUAAUAAUAUUCUCCUCGUGCGAACAUGACUAGCGGAUGUUAUGAAUAUUGAUUAUUAUUUUCCGGUUUUUCUUUAUCCUCGCUCUUCUUCCUGCACACACGCACAAUCUCUCAGCAAUUCUCCCUUUUUUCUCUCUCUCUCUCUUGUUCACUUCCAUUGUUAUUUCCUGCCUCCCGGUAGAGAGUGUGUGUGCGGUCGUGGAGUUGUUAUUAUGAGCUCCUCCUCCCCCUCCUAGAAGAUGUCAAUAAACAUUUCCCAUCGGCA